UUUCUGUUGUUGUCCCGUUUUUGAAGCCCCGUGUCCUGGCAUCCUGCGCCCCGUCCACUCUCUUUUCUUCCUUCCCUUUCUUUGCCCUCCUUGUGACUCCGCGCGCUCCCUGCAGAGUGGGACCCCUUCCUCGUCGGCACAACUCCUCGUUGGCAUCAGUCUUUUGGGAGCUCCGUGGAAACCAGAAACCAUGCUGACGUUUUUGGCGCUGGCGUCGGUUGUCCUCCUGGGAAUAGUGCCUGAGCAGUCCCAGGCCAUAGUGAUCUACACCGGCUGGGAGCGCCACGCCCUGGUGGGCUCCGACAUCCGGCUGUCCUGUUCCUUCUUCUCCUGGCGCUGGACCUCCGAGGACGUCACCUUCUCCUGGACGUACAGGCCUGAUGGCUCCCGGGACAGCAUCUCUAUCUUCCACUACACCGGUGGUGCAGCCUACGUUGACAACAAGGGCCCCUUCAGGGACCGGCUGGAGUUUGUGGGCAACCCGGGCCGCCGCGACGGCUCAAUCCUGCUCAAGAACCUGGACUUCAACGACAACGGCACCUUCACCUGCGACGCCAAGAACCCCCCAGACAUAGUGGGCCGGCCCUCCAGCGUUCGCCUGCUGGUUUUUGAGAAGGUACCCAUCCAGGCCGGUGUGAUCACGGGAGCCAUCAUCGGGGUGGUGCUGGGCCUGCUGGUGCUCAUUGUGGUCAUCUACUACCUGAUGAGGUUCCUGGUGGCGCGCCGCGUCUUCAGCCUCAGUGUCAGCAAACAUGGCAAGAAAAAGAAAGAGGGAUCACAGCAGAGACAGCUCUGGACUCCACCCCCUCUCACUUGCUACCCCCUCCCCUAAAAGGACUGUCUCUCUACCUCCUCACCCCUGUCUCUUUGUUAUGUCUCUCUCACCUCCUCCCCCACCUAAAGGUGUUAUUUUUUCUCUCCUCUUCACACAGCUCCACCCGUCCUGCUAACCACAUCUCUCAUCCUCUCAUCUUUAACGCACCCAUCUCACCCAUCCCUCCCUCACUCUCUCCCUCUCUCUCUCUCUCUAUCUCCCUUACGCUCCUUUCCUCCUGAAGUGACUCUCCUCCCCUGUUCUCCCCCCGACCCCCUCUCCCUCCUCCCCCCACAGGGCCCCGCGCCUCCCGCCGACCCCUCCAAGGUGAAGGCGGCCGCCUCUGAAAAGAAGAAGCAGGAGUCGCGCAAGGAUAAGAAAUAGGAUACGGGGAGGGGCUGGGGCGGGCUCGCCGGCCGGCUGCUCCAGCCCGUGCGCCAGGCGAUGGCCAAGUCCCAGCCCGAGCAGAAGCAGCGGGCCGUAGUCAGAAAGACAGAGAAGGUGGGGGGAGGAGGAGGAGGAGGGGAGGAAGGCUCGGGCAGGGUGCUGAUGACCAUCGAGCUGGAGCUGACCCGCAAAAACGGGGAGGAGGUGCCCGCCGGUGAGGGAGGAAUAGGGAGGUCAAAGUCCCUCGGCCUCCUCUCCCGCCUCGCCAAUCAGCUCACCUUCAAAUAACACACCUAUCGGGAGGCGGGGGAAGGCCAAAGGGGGGGGGGGGGGGGGGGGGGGGGGGGUCGAGGAUAAGAGAGUGGGAAGUCUACUGAGGAGGCAGCAGGAGAGUUCAAUCACAAGCCUACUUUACGCCCACUACAACGCCAAACCCUGAAUAAAUGAGUCAAAUCAUAUCAGCUCUGGUCACAGGCCGAGGACUGUAGACGCAACCGUAUGAGAUGCAACAGAUCUAAGAUGCCGUGAUAAUCUCUUACCCCAGCCGGCAACCCCGACUACUUUUGUCAGGUCAUAAGAUAUGCCAUUUGAAGCGAGACCCCUAAGACGACGAGGGGUUUGAUAACAAAAUCUACAACAAAAAAAAAAAGCCACUCCCCCGGUUUUUCUUUUUGCCUUCCUGGUUCCUUUCAUUGUGAUCCAGCUCUCUCUCUCUCCAAGUGCGUCCGAUAUGCAUCACCAAAGCCAAGCUGCUGGGACAAGCCAAUUUGCCUUUUUUCUUUUUUUUUUGAGGCAUCGUGUCAAACUCUAACUUUCUCCCCCUCAAGCUGAUCUCCAUUCUUCACCUCUCCUAUCCCAUUUCUCCCUCUUCCACUGUUUCAUUUCUCGCCUUUUCUUGUUAAUUCAAAUUACAGAAGUGAUUUAUAUGCUAACUGCCCUAUCCUGUUUCUCUUCUCUUCUCUUCUCUUCUUCUCUCAAAUUCCCUUCCCUCUUUUCUGUCUCUUCUCUCUCUCUCCUAUAGAUAAAGGUCUGACUUCUCCAUGACUGCCUCCACUCCUCUAGUCUGCUCCCUCCUUUUCUGCUCAGCCUGAUGCAACCCCCAUUAUUUCCUAUUAUCUCCACUCUUUCCAGACAGCACUGGCUGUAAGAAUAGCCCUGCUAUAUCAGUGGCAUUGGCGUCGAAUACAUUUAAAAAAAAAAAAACGUCUCACAGGAGACCCUAUAUGCACUCAUUGGGCAGCCUUUAAAAAACAGUUUCAAGGCCUAACUAUGCACAUAACAUCCUUAAGAGGAAACCCGAAAAGACCGUCCCUCUGUGUUUAGAGUCCCCUGAAUCUCCCGCUUUAAUGUUUACGACUCAAUCACACACACUGAGCGGAGCUGCGAGCGCACUCUGGACUUCAGAUAGAGAGAAAAAAAAAAAAAGAGAGAGACAGAGAAGCAGAGGAGAGGGAUAGCGGCGGAGAAAUAUGAUUCCUGCUCUCGGCCCCAGCACAGAUAGAGGUUCAAGCCCCCGGAGCUCGGGGUGAUUCAAUCCUCUCAACAUUUGAGCUAAUGGAGGUUGUCGCCCCGUGUCCCUGCCCCGGCUAAAGGGGGGCUAUUUCUGGCCCUAUAAGAACGUACAGGGCUUACUGUAACAGCUGCACAUUUUUCAGCCAUCAAGGGGGGGGGGGGGGGGGGGGGGUGGGAGGGGGAAGAAGAGAGAGAGGCGAGUUUUUGCACAGGGGGGGGGCUGCCCGUUGUCGACUCGGCGGCCGGUGACUGACAACCUGGAAUGACGUCACGGCCACAGAGGGCGGUCAGGCGCGUUCAGGAGUCUGACAAAGGGGCUUACGGGAAGAGGUGCAGCUUCUGUGCUCUCAGAGUUAUUUUAGGUCCGGUUAAUCCGCCUGCACGUUUCUCCUUGCCAACCCAAGGCUAAUUAUUAUAGCACGUGCCGGUGAAGGGAUAUCUCUCUCGACAUCUUCCUCUCUCUCUCUCUCUCUCCUCCUCUUCCUCUUGUUAUUCGCAUCUCUGGAUUCAUCUCCGAACUCCUCUCUCAUUCCCUCUGUCCUUACGUCUUUGCCUUUCUUUAUCUCUUUCCUCUUCCUGCCGUCGGGUGACUCUGAUCUGCAUUAUUCCCCACCACAGAAAAAAGGCCUCUACACAAUCCACUCCGCUCUUUAAGCCUCUCCUUAUCUGACUGCCAAGCCUACAGCACAAUGCUCUGACUCCUCUUUCCUCUCUUCAGUCCUUCCUCGUCCUUCUUCUUCUUCUUCUUCUUCUUCUUCUAUUUUUUAAAACUCUGAGUCGGACAUCUCCAAACCCCUCCCUCCGUACUGCCCAAAUGAUCGACGACUGCCAGCUCACUCGCCCUUCAAAACUCCACCACCCGCCAAAGGCAUGUCCCCUGCCGGCCCACCCGUCCCCCCAGUCCCCCGUCCCCCCCUUCCUCCAAGCCAACCUUACUGUCUUGUUUCUGCUGGUCCGAAUGCCAAAAAAAAUGCUCUCCUCUGCCCCCUCCUGGCAAAGGAAGGCAAACAUAUUGGCAGAAAUUCGCCUUUAGUUCUUGCUAAAGACGCCAAACAGAAACUCAUAAUCUAGCUAGCUCUCUUCCGGUCGCAAAUACGACGUGUGUUUUAUGUAUAUGUGUGUUAAGUUAAGAGUGUUAAAAAAUUAGAUUUGAUAUAAGCAAAAACAGUGUCACCCUAAGUAAAGCAAAUAAUGUAUUUUGAAAUGUUUUACACAAGAAACAAACAGGAAGAACGUGUUUUUUUCAAGGGAGGAAAAUGUAGUUGCGUUUCAUGAAAGAUGUGAUUAUGUUUCUGACCUCGUGUGUUAUGGAAGGUUACUGUGUGGCUGUCGUUUCUGUUUCGAGCAGAAGGUAAAUCGAGGUUUUCCACGCAGUGUUAGAAGAAGAAAGGAUUAAGGGUGAAUAAAGGUGGGGUUAGCCUCAGAUUCAGCGCGAUGUGGCCAGGGAGUCAAAACAAAACAAAAAAAAAAAGGCGAGGGGAGGAAGGUGCUUGCUGAAGGAGAAAGCUUUGGUGGAAGAGAGUUAUCUGACGUGUUAAGCCAAGCCAAAAAUCCAUAUGUAUCACCACUGAUAGAGCCGGCUCUUCCCCCGGAGCUUUCUCUAAGAGGUGCUCCUUCUCCAACCCUGAGCCAAAGAUGGAUUGUGAUCUGCGUGCUUGAUAUGCAGGGUGGAUAGCAUAGACUUGAAUGUUCCUUUAAAAUUCAUAACAGGAAUGGAGGUGCUAAAAAAAAAAGAAAAAUCCAUGUUUAUAACUGGAGAUCUGUUUCACUAGUCGCUGUUUAACUAUCCAGUCAGAUGGAUUAGUUUGAAUGUUUUCUUCUUUUUCUGCAAAGCCACACAGACACCUGACAUAAGACAAACAGCACUAAAAAGCCUUUUAAAAGUGUUUUAUAUGUAUUAUGAACUGUGUUAGUCAUAGUUGCAAAAAUUAACCUUCCUUUAUUUCAAAUGACUGGAGCUUCUUACACCUUUUUUUUUUUUUUUUUUUUUUUUUUUUACAUUUCUUUUUAAUGCUUGUGAUAAAUCUAGAGCGCUAACAACUUUUGAUGACUCUGUAUAAUAUGUUGUAAAGAGACCAUAAAUAAAAAAAGCCCCAAGCGCAGCUGUUGUCAACAGAAGACAGUGAAGUAAACCCA